AAAUCUAAUACAUUAUUCAACACCACACCAACACCUCACUACUACUACUCUUUUUGGUCUUCUCCAAGAGUCCCAACGCCCUCUUUUAUUGCCGAGUCCAUUGCACCGUUUCAAACACUUGUACACAUCUCUCUAUCUCUCUCUCCAUCUCUUGCAUUUAUGGCCAAAGGAAGUGGACUCUCCAUUGAUUCAGAUCCAAUUGGGUUCUUUCUCAACCAGCCAAUAGUGCUCAACUCAUUCCCUGAAGACGACAACAACCACCAUUACCACAACCGAAAUAUCAAGUGGAAGCUCGGUGCCAUGGACGCCACUCUAAACAGGUCAGCUCCUCCCACCAUUCAAUUCCCACUCAAUCUUAACUGUUCCCAUCGCCAAGAUUCUCCUCCGCCGUCUGAUGGUAAGCGCACCGUCAUGGAUGAGAUGGACUUCUUUGCCGAGAAGCACGGCCACGACAACGAGGCUGCCUCUACCGAUGUCGAUAGAAAAGACUCAGACGGUCCGACCGCCUUAGAGUUUAACGUCAACACUGGUUUGAAUCUUCUUACGACCAACACUAGUAGCGACCAAUCCAUGGUGGACGAUGGCAUAUCACCGAACGUGGAAGACAAAAGAGCAAGGAGCGGUGAGCUGGCUGUUCUUCAAGCUGAGCUUGAGCGAAUGAAUUCCGAAAACCAUCGUCUAAAAGAGACGCUUAAUCAGGUUACUACUACCUACAAUGCGCUGCAGAUGCAUUUCGCUACUCUUAUGCAGGCUCAGAAAGCCAAAACCACUGAAGAAAAUGGCAUGGUGGAUGGGAAGGUAGAGGUAAAAAAUAAUGGAACACUAGUAGUGCCAAGGCAAUUCAUGGAUCUUCGGCUGGCUACUAAUGGUGAUGCGGAUGAGAACUCGUUGUCUUCGUCGGAAGGAAAUGGCCGGGACCGGUCUGGAUCGCCCGCAAUUAAGGGAGAAGUCAUGGGGUCGAAGCAGCAGUUUGGGCUGGGGAAGGAUGGGAAUAGUGAUGAGGUGCUUGCUUUCGAUCAGGAUAAGAAGGAACAUGGUAGUAAAAUUGGGAGAGAGGAUAGUCCGGAUCAAACAUCACAAGGAUGGGGUCCUAAUAAGGUUCCCAGAUUCAAUUCACCUAAAGAUGUUGAUCAGACUGAGGCGACGAUGAGGAAGGCACGCGUAUCAGUUAGAGCUCGAUCAGAGGCUCCUAUGAUCACUGAUGGCUGCCAAUGGCGCAAGUAUGGGCAGAAGAUGGCUAAGGGAAACCCAUGUCCUCGAGCUUACUAUCGAUGCACCAUGGCUAAUGGUUGCCCAGUUCGAAAACAAGUACAAAGAUGUGCAGAAGAUCGAACGAUCCUCAUAACCACGUACGAAGGCAACCACAACCAUCCCUUGCCACCGAACGCCAUGGCAAUGGCAUCGACAACUUCAUCAGCUGCACGAAUGCUGCUCUCUGGUUCCAUGUCCAGUGCUGACGGAUUAAUGAACUCAAAUUUCCUCACCAGAACACUCCUGCCGUGCUCCCCUAGCAUGGCCACCAUCUCAGCAUCAGCCCCAUUUCCCACUGUUACAUUGGACUUGACUCAAUCCCCCAACCCGUUCCAACUCCCAAGGCCACCAACCCAAUUCCAAAUUCCCUUCCCAAACCCCUCACAGACACAGAACCUCGCCACCGCCCAGGCCACAUUGCUGCCUCAAAUAUUUGGUCAAGCACUCUACAAUAAUCAAUCAAAGUUCUCUGGUCUUCAGAUGUCUCAAGAUAUGGAUUCUGCUCUUCAACUUGGUCACCAGCCACAAGCAUUGGCGAUGAACCAGGGGCAGCAUAACUCACUUUCUGAUACAGUCAGUGCCGCCACUGCCGCCAUCACCGCGGACCCGAACUUCACCGCAGCUCUCGCAGCAGCCAUCACUUCUAUUAUUGGCGGUGCUGCUCAGACGAACAACAUUAGCAACAAUAAUAAUAGUAAUAAUAAUGCCAACAUCACAACCACCACCACCAGCAAUGGCAACUUAACAAGUACUACUAGCAACAGCAAUAGCAAUGGCAACAAUAAAAUCAGCAAUUCAAGUUUGCAAGGCAAUUAAUAAGGCGAGGCUAAUUAUAUAUUAUAGCUACUUUUCUUUCAGUUUUGAUUUUAAUUUUCUUCCUGCUGGUAAGAUGUUUUUCCUCUCUUUUGGGCUCGAAGAAGUGAGAAUAUUAUACGUGUUCGUUUUUUCGUUUUUUUUUUUUGAUAAACUUUUGUUUGUUUCUUUGCUUGUUAUUUUUUCCCUGGAAUUAAGCAUAGACUUCAUAUUUCUUUGUUAUUUGAAUAAUAUUAAA